AGGGUGUUUUGGACAUCACAACAACAGAGGUAGCAGACUACAUAGUUGGAGGCGUAAUGGCUUGUGACAGUUCUCGCUUUGAUGUUAUAAUAGAGAAGAAAAUCCCCCUGGUCCUGAGUGUGGGAGCAUUAGACAUGGUUAACUUUGGAGCAAAAGAUACCAUACCACAGAAUUUCCAGCAGAGAAAUAUAUACGAACACAAUAAUCAGGUUUCACUCAUGCGAACAACAGUGGAUGAGAACAGAAAAUUUGCUGAUUUCAUAGCAAAUAAACUGAACAGUUCAUCUUCUAAGAUUUGUGUUUGCCUUCCAGAAAAAGGUAUAUCUGCUUUAGAUGCACCAGGUAAUCCUUUUUAUGAUCCAGAGGCAACUGAUACUCUUCUCCACGAAUUACAAAGGCUUAUUCAGACUGAUGAUAAUCGACAGGUAAAGGUGUAUCCCCAUCAUAUUAAUGACCUUGAAUUUGCAAAUGCACUAGUUGAUGCUUUUUUAGUGGUUAAUGAACAAACUGGUAAAGAUUCUACUCCUCCACCAGUAGCCAUUCCUGAGUCUGUUGAACACUUCCAUGAGGAUUCUGUUUCAAAUACAUCAAGCUUUGGGACCAUUGUCUAUACACCUAGAGAAUUCCCAGAUGCAAAACCAGGUUCUCAUUUCAUUUAG